CGGAAUCUUGCAUCUCGUCAAUCGCCCAUGGCGAAUUGGGGAGUGGGAUCUCUCGGCGUUUCACAUGAAACAAGCGUUGGCCUUGUCAAAAUCGCCUGAUUCCUUCACGUUCUGGAUGCUGCUACGUUUGCUGCAUCGGCCGAAAUAUAUCACGAAGUCUAGGGGAUGACGUGAAUAACCGAAUCCAGCAGCCUGACCCGUGCCACCGAAGGGAUGGCACUGGCCAAGCUGCUCCUCCACUCGUGCAGAAAGAAGUAGCUAGUGGUCGUACACACGGUUGCAGCUGAUUAGCAACGAGCUGCAACAGGACCCCGACCCGGCCCGGCCCCAUGAGCAGGCCGGGAUGCAAGCGCAUGAAAAACAGAAGGAUUUCGUAUCGUAAAGGGACAUGGAAAGAGAUCGCCGUCAUAAACCUUUGGCCAACUUUCUCCUACAUUCGGAGAAGUGUCGUGAUUCUUUCUGCACUACAGGUGCCCUGGCCUACCUUGCUCUCUUUCUUUUACGCACUGGGCUCUCACGAUCAUAUCCAUGUACAGUGGGGAACAAUACCUUGCGCAGUAAGGGCAGCGAAUCUAUUGGCGUUUAGGAGAAAGCUGGACUUUUAGCAGGGCCCCGGAGCCUUAGACCUCGAGCUGACACGGGUUCGACAUAUGGAGGAUGUUAUGUACGGUCCCGUCUUUCUGCUCUGAUAAUUCUCAAUUACUCUUCGUGUGUGUAUCCACUUUCGCCCACCAUUAGAAUCGACCUCACUGUAGAUUCUCGAUCGGGCUCGUGCUCGACUUUACUUGCUCGUUGGAAGCUGAGAAACGGCUGAUCCCAGAGAACUUCGUCAAAUUAAGUUCCUGUGGAUAGGAUAAUGAGAGCCAAUGGAAGACCCGGAGGGGCCCGAUGGGGCAGAAACCUGUCACAUCUCACUUCGAACACCGCGUCCAUCGACCUGGAACGAAAUCCAUAUGCCAGAUAAGGUGACUAACGUGUGUGGCGUGCGGAGCAGGGGCCUAAGAUACCGAUAGGCGCAAAAAAUGACGACUGCAUGCUGCCUGCGCUCGUGAUCGAAGAGAGCAAGCUUUCGAGCCUUUACCAGAGAUAUGAAGGCACACUUCCUUUCGGUGUUUUUUCCAUGGUGCCUGAGUGCAGUGACCUAGCUCAGACGGUCGGUACCUCUACUACUAGAACGGCAUAUUUCGUUGCGCAGUCAGAUAUCGAUGGAAUUCUUUCAUGAGGAGCAAAUGUUGACACUUUUCCACGUUUGACCGACGUCGGACUGUUCCAAUAUAGCGACCACAGUCUCUGGGGUCUGGUCUAGUGAUCAAUCAGCUUCACGGAUUGCUGCCAGGAAUACUCAGGCCGCCCCCACAACCUCCAGCAGUAUAGUCAAAGUGAAAAGCGGAACCAUGUAAAUAUAGCAGAAAGGUCCGUGUAGCUGAUGAUGAUAGUAUGCCUUGAUACACGGACAGGUUAAGCAGACUAUACCAUAUAAGUAGAAUCACUUGGUGUUGUGCCUACAUAUUAAGCUAGCAAAUACAAAACAUUCACCCAACAAGCCGGUUAUUGUCUC